GCUGCUGUAGUAGCAAGUGUUUCACAUUCCCAGUGAGCUGACAGCCUGGAAGCAAGGGAGACCCAGGAGCCCUGCUUUGAGUAAGUUUCUUCACCAGGGACUCAGUUACAGAUACAGUAAUUUAAAAAAAAAAUAUAUAAACAUAUAUUUAUAUAAAGAAGGAUUGGGGGAAAAAAGGAGCUGUUGCCCUUCACCAUGGGUUUGCCUUUUGAUCAAGCGGAAGAACUGCGUCUCUACCAGCAAACUCUCCUCCAGGAUGGACUCAAAGAUAUGUUGGACCACAAUAAGUUUCUGGACUGUGUCUUAAAAGUCAAGGGGAAGGAGUUUCCCUGCCAUCGGCUGGUGCUGGCAGCUUGCAGCCCCUAUUUUCGAGCCAUGUUCCUCUCGGACAUGGAAGAGAGCAAGAAGAGGGAGGUCAGUUUGGAAGACGUUGAUCCAGAUGUCAUGGGCAAGAUCCUCCAUUAUAUCUACACCUCCGAGCUGGAGAUCACAGAGAAGAACGUGCAGGACAUCUUCUCCGUGGCCAACAUGUUCCAGAUCCCUUCCAUCUUCACCGUCUGCGUGUCCUUCUUGCAGAAGAGGCUCUGCCUCAGCAACUGCCUGGCUAUCUUCAGGCUGGGCUUGAUGCUGGACUGCGCCCGGCUGGCCGUGGCAGCUCGGGAUUUCAUCUGCGAUCGCUUCGCCCUGGUUUCUCGGGAUGAGGAAUUCUACCAGCUCUCCCCCGACGAGCUGAUUGCUAUCAUCUCCAGUGACUCCCUCAACAUAGAGAAAGAGGAGGCCGUCUUUGAAGUCGUGAUGAAGUGGGUGGGGACCAAGGACCACGACAGCAGGAGGAAGGCCUUGCCUGUCGUCUUUGAAAGCAUCCGCUUCCGCCUGAUGCCCAACGACUACCUCAAGGACCACGUGGAGAAGCAGGCCGUGGUCAAGUCCAACCCAGAGCUGCUCAAGAAACUGCAGAUGGUGAAGGAUGCCCAGAAAGGCAAAUUCACUGUGGUGAAGAAGAAGAAAGUGAAGAAAAGCAGCGAAAAGCAAGAGAAAGACAAAGUUGUCAACGGAGCAGUAGAUGAGGAGGAGGACACAGAGGAGGACGCUCUCCCAGGGAUCUUAAAUGACACAAUGCGCUUUGGGAUGUUCCUCCAGGACCUUAUUUUCAUGGUGAGUGACAGUGGAGCAGUGGCCUAUGAUCCUACUGCCAACGAGUGCUAUUUUGCCUCCCUGUCUACUCAAAUCCCAAAGAACCACGUGAGUCUGGUGACCAAAGAGAAUCAGAUCUUCAUCGUUGGAGGACUCUACUACAACGAGGACAACAAAGAGGAUCCCAUGAGCUCCUACUUCCUACAGUACGACCAUCUGGACGCAGACUGGCUGGGGAUGCCCCCCUUGCCCUCCCCUCGCUGCCUCUUUGGCUUGGGAGAGGCAGAAAACUCCAUUUUCGUGGUAGCAGGGAAAGAGCUGAAAGAGGGAGAGAAGACCUUGGACUCAGUCCUGUGCUAUGACCGGCUGUCCUUCAAGUGGGGUGAGGCUGAUUCCCUUCCCUAUGCAGUCUAUGGCCAUGCAGUGGUGUCACACAAGGACCUGAUCUAUGUCCUCGGAGGCAAAGGAAGUGACAAGAAGUGCCUGAACAAGAUGUGUGUCUACAACCCAUCCAAGUUUGAGUGGAAGGAGCUGGCUCCCAUGAAAACUGCCCGUUCCUUGUUUGGAGCCACUGUGCACAAGGACAAAAUCUACGUAGCAGCUGGUGUGACCGACUCUGGCUUGACCAACACAGUGGAAGUCUAUGACAUUGCCACUAACAAGUGGGACACCUUCACUGAGUUCCCGCAGGAGCGCAGCUCGGUCAGCCUGGUCAGCUUGGCUGGGGUCCUCUACCUGCUUGGAGGCUUCGCCACAGUGGAGACAGAGUCAGGAGAGCUGGUGCCAACGGAGCUCAACGACGUUUGGAGGUAUGAUGAAGAGCAGAAGAAGUGGGAAGGUGUCCUCCGGGAGAUCCAAUACGCCUCCGGCGCCACUUUCCUUCCCGUGCGCCUCAACGUUUUGCGCCUAACGAAGAUGUAGAGAGGCAGGAUUUGUUAGGUUGUUUGGGUUUGGUUUUUUUCCAUGGGGGUCUGGGGCAAGGAGGGAUGGGAGAGGAGGUGAGGCCAUGCUCAUCAGCACAGAGAUGGGUACCGUGUAGGACACUGCAUCUGUGAUGGGUACCAUUUUACUUAGUCAAAUGGGAAAAGGAGGAAAUUAUCUGGAAGCCCCAUGGGAACUUGAAGAGAGCUAGAGAAGGGACCUGGAGUCUGCAAGGUGCUGGGGUAGACUGAGAAGCGAGGAGCAAUGAGCUGUUCGAGUCUCAGUAGACAGGCCAAAAAGAUCCUACUCUUGUUCCUCUUCUUUUUCCAUUGUUUCCCCCCUCCUCUCAACCGCCAUUGAGACUUCUCAACCAACAGCAGAAGCAGAAGGUGGGUCCCAAGGGACUAAGCUGAUGUUCCGUAGGAAAGAAGGUCUAUAAGGUAUUUCCUCACAUAAGGUACUUGUAAGCACGGUGCUAGAGCCCACCUUGGAGAGAAGGAAGGGUCAAAGUCAAGUGGUAAAGAAGAGACCUGGGAGCCUUCGGUGAGUUCCCAAGUGCUGAGGGUUGUUGGGAUGUGACAGAAGAAAAGUGCAUGUGGGCAGCAGAAACAUUUUGGAAGUUGCAAUGGAAAUAGUCUCUUUGCCUCUGCCUUGACUCUGGACUGGAGCCAAGGUCUGUGGGCGGGGAAGAGUCAUGCAAGUAGUAGGGCAGGAAAGGGGAAGGGAUGGGCAGGGUGGCAUGUCCAUUCAUCUCCAGGUUUUUGGGCUCCUCAUCUUCAAUCAAUCACAGAUCACAGUGUCCUCACCUGUGGUUGGACAAGUGCUGUUUUUCUGGGAAAGGUUUUGUAUUUAAGCUGUUCCUCUUAUUUUUAAUGUUACAAUUUUAUUUUUUUUUAAAGAGUAUUCUAGUUUGCCAAGUCCAUGCAGACCUCAGAUGUGUUUGGCUCAAAGAGAGCUCCCAACUGAGGAAAAAUGCUUUCUUUUUUUUUUUUUUUUAAAGUUAUCCAUAAUUAUGUUUUGAUAGAAACACAACUGUACUGGCAGCAGGACAAAGAUCUGCUAGGAAAAAAAAAAAAAAAAAAAUCACCUGAUGCCAACACCAUCUGACCAGUGGUUUAUUUAAAAAUAAAUGAUUAGGUUAUCUCAAAAGAAA